AUGAUCUCAGAGAAAAUUGCUUGGAUGUUGUUGUUCCUUUUCAGCACGGAUGGCCUGUUCCACUAUCUGAGGUCUGUCUCUGCACCUUGCACAGCACUGACUGCUGCUGUCCUUGCUGCCUCUGCUCCAGCCUCUCUGCUCACCUCUUCUCUCCAACUCGCACCUAUGGAAUCUGUAGUGAGGUCUGCUUUCAGGGCCCCAGUGAAACAGCUGCAGUGCUGCAUCUCUGCUGUCUUUCCUGAGGACACGGACUGCCAGGCAUUGGGAUGCUGCAUAAAGGGUCCAGCAGAACAGAACCAGAGGACCCAGGAUAAGACCAACUCAGGGGACGUGGUCUAUGCUCAGAGAGAGGCUGAGCGUGCAGCCAUCAGAACCCACAUCAGAGAGAAGUACCAGCUUCCCAAGAACAAGGUGGAUAAGAAGCAGCUGGAGGUCAUUGGGGGGAAGGUGAAAAUGCUGCAGGACCAUGUGCCUGUGGUGAGGCCUCAGGACACCCCCGAAUUUGACUCCUGCAUCUCUGGCCUCAGUGCUAUGGAUCUCAGCUCCCUGAAAAAAACAGCAGAGAGCACAGUGCAGUCCAUGUGGCUGGGGCUGCGGUGUCCUAUCAUAUGAACAAACCAGCAGCGGGGGCACAGUAGCCCAAUUUCGCUGCUCAGUCCAGACUCUGCUGUGCUCCCUGCCCUGUGUAAGAAUUGCUGUUCUCGCCCUCUUGGGGGACUAUAGGUUAGUGGAGUUCAGUUGGGAGUUGGGCUGCUCCUCUGAUGCAACAUCUGCUUCUGUUCCAUGAACCAUCUCUCCCUGGGGUGUGGGAAUCCAUCCUCCACUUUAACUACAGUAUCUUUUUGGAAUGAGAAGUGUGGAAGUGGGAUCACCCUAGAAGUUGCAGGGUGACCUCUACUCUCUUAUGCCUCACCUCCCGACCACACCAUCUCCUGGUAAAGCCCUGAACCUCUCACUGCUUUGGCUUCUCUGAAAGAAGGAUGGAUGAGCUUAUGCCAAGCAUGGUGAAUUACAAGAUACAGCACUUGUGUUUGGACACGCUUGUGAGCUGGGGUUCUUGGGGGAGUAUUCAGGUCACUUGCAUGUGCGCCUGAACAUUUUGUAGCUCCUCUGUAAUUGUGUAAAAUUUCAGAGACUGCAGGCCUGGGGUUGUGGUGGCUUUCACGAUGGAUGGCAAGUCAUGGUGAUUAAUGAAUCCGAGUCCAGUGCCCUGGGAUGCUCACAUAGAAUAGCUUGUCGGAAACCACCCAUCCUAUGAAAGCCAGGAAAGGGCAAAAGGCCUAGGGCCAGUCCUGCCCUCAGUCUGUCAGCCAGAGCGUUUAUUCUGAUGCCAUGUUCCUUGCUUGCCGGUGGGUGUAAGUUUCUCUGGACCGGGAGUUGCUGCUUCUGCACUCUGAAUUAAACACACUUGCAUCCUCUUUACAAAUCAAGUGUUGUUUCCUGGCUCCCUCUUCAAACUUGCUCAGCCUAUGGCAGCAAGGGGCCUAGCAGCCCUGGCCCAGGUGGCACCAAGCCCUGAGGUGGGGGAGUCCCUCACAGGCUCCCUCCCGUAAGGGUGGCUCUGAGCUGGCCAGGCACUGACUGGGCCUGGGUUUGAUGUGCAGGAGAGGUAACCAGGCCCUGUGCCUGCAGCUGCCCCGGCCCUGCUCAGCGCCGGCCGCGCUAGGGUGGGGGG